AUGGGCGUAGAGAUAAUCCCCGAUGUCGAGGAAUCGACAGAACCUCCUAUAUGUCCUUUUACGGAAAUCAGCCAAACCAAUGUGACGAACCACUUAGAUCCUAAACCCGGUUCUAUCAACGAAAAGUCUAUCUCGUAUACAGCCGAUCAUGCUGCGCCCUUGGACCCCGAGCUAAACAAAGAACGGCCCGACCAGAACGCUCAUCUUAUCGAACCAUCCGAGCUAGCAACCCUUCUCCAAACAAAUCUUCGAGAUGGACUCUCAGGCCCCGAAGCGGCCGGCCGUCUCCAGCGCGAUGGUCCGAAUACCGUGCGUGAAAUGGAGGGUGUCUCCGUCUGGGGGAUACUGUUAAGGCAGGUGUCGAACAGCCUGACACUAGUUCUCCUCAUCACCAUGGCCCUAUCUUUUGGAAUCGAUGAUUACAUCGAAGGUGGUGUUAUCACCGCAGUGAUUGUGUUGAACAUAGUGGUUGGAUUUGUGCAAGACUACCGCGCCGAAAAGACAAUUCUUUCACUGCAACGUCUUUCCGCUCCAGUAUGCAAGGUCAUCCGAGAUGGCCGAGUCGUCUCGGUUAAAGCGGAGUCGCUAGUUGUUGGAGAUAUUGUCCAGCUCGCUGUUGGGGACAUCGUCCCUGCCGACCUGCGUCUGUUCGAUGGCAUGAAUGCUUCAAUGGAUGAAGCACUUCUGACAGGCGAAUCACUACCCGUUCUCAAGACCCCUCAUGUAACCCUGUUGGUGCCUGAUAUUCCCAUCGGCGAUCGAACCAACAUGGCUUAUUCGGGGUGCAGCACUACGCAAGGUCGUGCGAUGGGAAUCGUCACUGCAACAGGAAUGAAUACAGAAGUCGGGAAGAUCGCACAGCUAUUACAGACACAGCCCAAUCUUGGUGAUUCGGGUCCCCUUUUGAAGAUGGGCAAACAGGUGAAAGCAUUCUUCAUGAAUGUGCUGGGCCUGGUAGGUACACCGUUGCAAGUGAAGCUGAGCAAAUUUGCACUCUUACUCUUCGGACUGGCGAUCCUACUUGCGAUCAUUGUCUUUUCAGCCAGCAAAUGGCACGUCGAGGGCGAGGUCCUCAUCUACGGCAUCUGUGUUGCCGUUGCUGUCAUCCCCGAAUCCCUGAUCGCUGUGCUCACUAUCACAAUAGCUGUGGGCACAAAAGCAAUGGCCAGGGGAAAUGUCAUUGUCCGGAAACUCCAAUGUCUUGAAGCAGUUGGUGGUGUCACGAACAUCUGUUCUGACAAGACAGGAACGUUAACCCAGGGAAAAAUGAUAGCUCGCUCUGCAUGGAUCCCGGGUGCUGGCACUUUGACUGUGAGCCAGACUACAGAUCCAUUCGACCCGACGAGUGGACUAGUCCAGCUUGACGAGAUUGACUGGAGCUCCAACCAGCCCAUUGAGGAUAACCCUACUUUGCACACCUUCCUGCGAGGGCUUGCUCUCUGCAAUCUCUCGAGCAUCCACCAUGAAAACCAAAUAUGGAGUGCCGUUGGUGAACCAACGGAGAUCGCUCUCCAUGUUCUGGCUUUACGCUUUGACUUUGGAAAGCCCGAUGUAAUGAAAAGACGUCAACUUCAGUUGCAUACAGAGUAUCCAUUCGAUUCUGCUAUCAAGAAGAUGACUGUCGUCUACGACAACUCACGAGAUCAAUUGAAAGAGGUGUACACCAAGGGUGCACCAGAGACAAUCAUUCCUCAUCUCAACAUCAACGAAAUGGAAAGGCAAGUCAUACGAGAUACUGCCGAUCGCAUGGCAGGCGAAGGACUUCGUGUGCUUUGCAUCGCUUAUAAAACAUCUCCUGCGGACGACGAAUCCCAAGUCUCCCCACGCAGUUCUGCCGAAUCAAACCUACGCUUUGGUGGCCUCGUGGGGUUAUAUGAUCCCCCUCGAGUCGAGACUGCUGCUGCUGUGCGUAAAUGCCAAAUGGCAGGGAUUACGGUGCAUAUGCUCACCGGUGACCACAUCAAAACCGCGACGGCUAUUGCGUCUGAAGUUGGCAUCCUUGACCGUGUUGCGAGUGUUCUCAAAUCUGGAAGAGUAGUAAUGGCUGCAGAUGAAUUCGACAAAUUGACCGAUGAAGAAAUCGACGCUAUUGAGGAAUUGCCUCUUGUCAUUGCACGCUGCAGUCCUGCCACCAAAGUUCGGAUGGUGGAUGCAAUGCAUCGACGCCAGGCAUUCUGCGUCAUGACAGGAGACGGAGUCAAUGAUUCGCCUGCUCUCAAAAGGGCCGACGUUGGCAUUGCUAUGGGCAAAAAUGGUAGUGAUGUUGCCAAGGAGGCUGCCGAUAUGGUUUUGACGGAUGACAAUUUCUCGUCUAUCGUCAAGGCUGUUGAAGAAGGCAGACGACUUUUUGAUAACAUUCAGAAAUUUCUCCUGCAUCUGCUCAUCUCGAAUAUUGCACAAGUCAUUCUCCUACUAAUCGCUCUUGCUUUCAAAGAUAAAGGAGGUGAUUCGGUCUUUCCUCUAUCGCCACUAGAGAUUCUAUGGGCGAAUCUUGUCACGUCCUCCUUCUUAGCCGUCGGGCUUGGUCUCGAAGAGGCCCAGCCAGACAUCAUGUACAGACCACCACACGAUCUACGCAUAGGUGUUUUCACGCGGGAGCUUAUCGUGGAUAAAAUGAUCUACGGCACUUUUAUGGGCACACUCUGUCUCGUCUCGUUUGUCAUUGUGAUCUAUGCAGUAGGAACUGGGACAUCGUCACUCGGUGACGGAUGCAACGAGGGAUACAACCCAAGCUGCGAUGUAGUGUUCCGUGCUCGCGCCACAACAUAUGCGACCCUCACUUUCCUCCUCCUCGUUACUGCGUGGGAAGUCAAACACUUUUCUCGAUCCCUGUUCAACAUGGACCCAAUUCGGAACCCCAACCCCUUCUCGGUAUUUUCUACGCUCUGGAACAACCGGUUCCUUUUCUGGGCGGUCGUUGCUGGUUUUGUCAUUGCAUUUCCGGUCAUUUACAUACCAGUUGUCAACCAACUGGUCUUCAAACACCAUGCUAUCACCUGGGAAUGGGGGGUUGUCUUUGGUUGCACGUGUGUCUACCUGUUGUGUGUUGAGAGCUGGAAGGCCGUGAAACGGGCAUUUGCUAUCGGGAGUGGAAAGAAUGCCACGCUCACUCUGGAAGAUGCUGAGAUGCGGGCGGGACUGGCUAUUCCCACGCCACUGUCCAUGAGUGCCAACACGAGCGUGGAACUGAAGUGA